AGGAGCUAGACUGCAUAUUACAUUUGCCACUGUAGCUUGAGAGGAUUGAACCAUGCAAACUGCGGCCAAAAGAUUUUUUAUUUCGAUCUUUGCUACUUCUUUCAUCAUGAAAGGUAAGGGAAAGUAGAUAUCACCCUCCAUUUCAUUUUUAUAUACACCUCUCUUAAAGCGAACUGCAACUACUUCCUUUAAUGUUUUUUAUAAGGUCCUCUUGCGGCAGAUGUAACUCACAAAAGCGCGCAUAACCUCCUGAAGGAGUUGUUUGACCCAAAGAGGUAUAACAACCGCGUGAGACCAGUGACGAACAGCCGAGAUGCAGUCACAGUAACCUUUGGAUUGGUUGUUAAAGAGAUAGAAGAUCUGGUAAGGAGUAAUCUUUAUAUACGCAUAAUUUUGUGUUUGCCAGAAAAGAUCGUUUAUUAGCGCAGUUGGACGAUUCACCUACAAAAGGACGAACCCUGACAAUAGGGACACCGCUUCAGUCAUAAUGGGGUAUUCAAACUCCAAAAAAGGCCCGGCUGUUGCUCCCCGCACUAUACCUGAAAAAAUACUUUAAGCACUACUACUACUUCCGCUACAACCACUACCACUACCACUGUCCCAUUCACUAGCACCACUCUUACUACUAUGAUUACCACCACUAACACUACAGUAACACUAACACUAAGGAACAAUUACUAACACUACCAACAAUAUUAACAAUACUUCCAACAGUAACAGUUUCGAUAACACUGCCACUGAAUACUGGCAAUACCAUUGCCACUAUCGGCACCGCUACUGAUAUAUACUACAACUAUCGCUAACACUACCACCAUCCUUGCCAUUAACCAUUACAAUUAUUAGAGCUGAUAACUAUGGCAAUUUCUCUUACCAUUGACACUUCAAUACCAAGUAAAAGGACGCAGUUAAAUGUGUUCUCAACGAUUUUGUUACAAAUAGUAAUGGUGGGUCCGGUAUGGACCUCAUCUUGUGAAAAAUCAUGAGUCUCAGUUGAAAGAAAAAAAAACGAGUCCGAGAUUGAAAAUGCUUGGGCCUUUAUGUUUAACCAGAGAGUUAAUCUGAAGCCGGACUCUAAAACUCUCUAUUACAGUACACUGAAAUUAAAAUAUGGUGCUUCUAUUUUUAAAGCACAACAAAGGCUCAAUGAAAUAUGCAUCGUUCAACGACAGCCAUAAUAACUGCCACAGAAAUUACACGAACGGGAUAUUUCUACAAAUACACAUGUUCAGAUCGAUCGAUCGAUCUUUGCGUCCUACGGGACGCAUGCCAUGAAUUACUUUGCGUCUUUGGGGAUUUUUAUGCAUCAGGGACGCAGGACGAAGAGGUAACUACAUCACUGAUUAUUCCGAAAUUUUUUUUUAUGUAUUUCUUCGCGCCAAUCUCUAGGACGACAAGAACCAGCUGCUUAUUACAAGAGCAGAAAUACGAGAGGUAAGUAGUAAAGCCUCCUUUAGGCUUUUAUGCAAUCUCCAUUUCAUUCAUUAACUAAUUUCUCUAUGCCUUUCUUACUCGCCUUCUACCUAUCUAUUUUCCGGUUUAAUUAACUGCCAGUGCGCGUCUAUACUCAUCUGUAUGAGUCAGUGAUGAGUUACUCUCGCGGUAUUCUGUGUUUCUAAUUUCUGUUUCUGUGUCUGUGUAUCUGUCACUCGUAUAUUUUGCCGCGUCUGUCUGGUGGCUAAAUUUGAGAUGCAUGCAAUUUGGCAUUCGAACGUGUCAGUCAAAAAACGCGCCAUUAGCCAAAGUAAUGGCGUCUCUCUGUUCUUUUCAGAUAAUCAUGCCAUCAUUUUAUUUAUAAUUAUUUCCUCAUAAUUUCCAGCCCUGUUCUGAUAGUCCCUUACUUGAUCAAUGAGCAUUUAAGAAACGUUCAGUUUUUUUUGUUUUCUCUGUAGUAUUGGCUUGAUCCUUUAUUAGAGUGGAAUCCAUCAGAGUAUGGUGGAGUGAAACGUAUCAGUGUCGAUCCACGCAAAAUCUGGUUACCGGAUAUAGUGCUGUAUAACAAGUAAUUAUUAUUAACAUUAUUAUCAUUAUUAUUGUUAUUCUCUUAAUUAAUUUUUAUUCUAUUAAGUGCUAUUUCUCGGUGAUCGAUGCGUAAAUGUAUUUACUUUUAGCGCUGGAGAAGGCUUUGGGAGUGGCAUUACUCGAACAAAGGCUGUAAUAACACAUCGUGGGCAAGUCACUCUGAAUGUACCGACAAUUAUUCAAAGCAGCUGUAAGUUACGCGUGGACAAUUACCCGUUUGACCAACAAAACUGUGAACUGAAAUUCGGUUCUUGGACUUAUGACUCAAAAGGAAUAUCUCUUUUUUUGGAGGUAAGUGAACAAUGAGCUUAAAAGAUUAUUUGUAUGAAUUUCAUUUUAGAUCAAUAUUCUACACUCCACUCUUCAAUUCUAAAGAGACAACUUUAUAAUCAGAUAUUUUUGUACCAGAACUCCUCCGCAGACCUGACUGAAUAUUCUGAGAGCGUGGAAUGGGAACUUCUAGGAGUCCCAGGAGAGUUCCAUUCCAAGAAAUACAAUUGCUGUCAAAAUCCUUAUCAUGACGUCACUUACAGUGUGAGAAUUAAAAGGCGAGCACUGUAUUACGCCAUGUAUCUGAUAAUACCCUGUGCACUGAUUUCCGUCCUGACGUUGUUGGUGUUCCUGUUGCCUCCAGAUUGUAACGAGAGAAUGACAGUAGGUAUGAUGAAGUGAUAUACAUAUCGUGAUGUUAUAGAAUCUUGCUCUGGUCUCACAUGAUAAUGUGAGUUUUUCUUAAUUUCAAUUGUUUUGGAAAAGCCGGUGAUAGGAAAUUGUAAACUGUAAGUGUAUUAUUAUCCACUACCCUCAGGGAUCAUUUUCAGGGAUAAUUUUCAACACUGAUUGCGGGACUGGUAUCAUACUACCUAUGGUGCAGUUUACAAAUAAUGAAGGAGAGCGUAAUGACGCCCCUCUGAUCUGUGAGUGUGAAUUCGAGAUAGGCCACCAUACCGGUUGCUACUUUCCCUCCGUACUCUUUACGAACAGUGUGUGGCUUCUUAAACGUUCCUCAGAUUCUCUGUUGGGUCACAGUCCAGGCGCCAGUUGUUCGAAAGGUGGAUAGCGCUAUCCACCGGAUAGCGCAAUUAGUUUCCCUAAUACUUAUCCGAUGGAUAGUCAUAUCCAUCUUUUGAACAACGGGGCCCAGGCACAUUAAUUUUUAUGCCUUAUGCGCUGAAUAUGUGUAAAAAUUACACUCGUUCAUUUGGGACCGCAAAUUUGUCUAUUCAAAUGGUUGGGUGCUUGAAGUGAACAAAGUUUAUGUUGUUUAACCUCUCCACAAAUGCCACCAUGCGGCUGGAAUAAGAAAGUGGCCGUUGCAAGGAGGUGUCACUUGUAGAGAGGUUAAAACAAGAGUCAAUGUAUGGACUGUCCGCCGGGACAAAAAAGUGGUGGCCGUUGUGGCAGAGGUGACCGUUGUGGAGAGGUGGCCAUUAUUGAAGGUUCGACUGUACUGUACUCUAUCAUUUUACUACCUUUUUCAGGUAUGGCGAUUCUUGUUGGUCUCAGCUUCUUUUUUCUUCUGGUAGCCGAGUACAUGCCCGAAACAUCUGAAGCGGUGCCCCUGAUAGGAAUGUACUACACUGUGACAAUGAUACAGGUGUCAUGUGCAUUCUUCAUGACCUGCUGGGUAUUGCGUUUUCAUCAUCAGAACCCAACAGAAGGAGAGGUUCCUGAGUGGGCCAAGGUAAACGUUCUUGUCAGCAGGUUCGUUCUUUUGUAAGAAAUAAAAAUCGAUUCAGCUAAGCCUUCUUGCCGGCGUUAUAACCAACGCAAGAUGCUUGUAGAACACCGGAAAAGCUAGCUGAUUGUGUGUGGCAAGUGAUUUAAGUGGUUUUUAAGAGUGUUUCCAAUGCACCAGUCCGGUGGGGAGAGGCGAGGGGGGAGAGUACUCAACAAAUGUUCAUACUGGGAGGCUCCGCCCCCAGGUCCAACCCCUUACCCUCUUAUAUACCAUUUUUCACGAAAAAGGUACCCCUUUCGUAUACCUUCCAUUCACAAAUAGUACCCCUUUUACAUACCUUAUUCAUAUUAAAACUUUGCAUUCCUUUUAACUUCUGUAAAUGCACUGUCUUUUAAACAGGAAUCAAUCACAUAAAAAAGCCAUAAAAAUUCAUCUCAGUGUUAGCCAUUUUGGGCCCUUUCACAGACCCAAAUGACGGAUUUCCCUCACCCUUUUAUAUACUUCAACAAGUGAGAUCCCCACCCUUUUUAUAUACCUGAAAUCUGAAAAAGGCACCCCUUUCGGGCGGAGCAUCUUCUUAUGGGCCAUGAUGGGAGUAACCCCAAUGGUCAACCACUAAAAAGUGCGGUAAAAUACCAGUGAAAACAAAGUGUUUCACAAUAAGUUUUUCCGCUGAUGAUAAACGGUGUUGGUAACAAAUGGUUUUUGACCAAUCAAAACACGCCUUGUAUCCAAGUUACUUUGGAACAAGUAGUAAAAGAGAGGUCUGUUGUAGCUGUAAUACAAGCCAAGUUAAUUUAAAAACCUUAUUAUUUUUCCUGAGAAGAAGACUGUUUCAAGUCUGUAAUUUUUAGUCUGUUCUGUUGACAGAAAUAUUUACUUGGUUACGGAGCGAGACUAUUUUGCUUCAAGUUUGGGACCAGCAGCGACGUUAACGAGACUACAGUCCAAAACGGAAAAGUGAAAAAUGACCUUCCCUCGGAAGAAAACACUAAUGGCUCAAAAAGUAAUAACCUUUUUUCUUUGAAUAUUUUUUAGUUUAUGUAUUGUAGUACUACAGUAAAUCGGUAUUCCCUGAUUCUAAGCGAUGUUUUGACUACUGUAGAGACUCGACCCAUGUAAGGGAAUCCGGAUUCCGGAAUCCGGAUUGUGGAACCCGGGAAAUUUUUGCUAGUGGAAUCCGGAAUCCUGGGCUUAUCCGGAAUACAGCUCAAGGAAUCCGGAAUCCCCCUAAGAUUGGACCAGAAUCCAAGCUUCACUGUCAAAGACUGGAAUACAGCACCUGGAAUCCGGAAUCCGCGGUGUGGAAUCCAGAAUCCAAGACUGUCUUGGAUUUCCUUCAGUUGUGUAGGAGCUGCCCGGAAGGUCUCUCCUGAUUGGUCUCAGAAAACAUGACAUGUUAUUCUUUAAAUUGUUUCAGUACUGUUCCAGGAAAGGGUUAGGCACCAUUGUUGACUUCUCUUCCGAGCAGCUGCUACAUGACCCAUUUCCUUACACGGGGUGAUGAAUACAGUACCCAAACAAAAAUGAUGUUAAGGUUAUGUUCACUUGACAGGCGACAAGAAAACCUCCAAUAGAAUCCUGGGUGAUAACAUACGUCAUCAGAUGACCUUGGAAAAGAGGCAGGAAGAGUGGAGAAAGGCAGCACUGGUACUGAAUCAUAUCUGCAUCUGGGUGUUUCUCAUUGCAGUUGUAGUUUCAUUCCUGGCCAUAUUCCUACAGGCACCAUUGUAA